AUGUUUUCCCUUACUCUGUCAUAAAUUAAGGAGUAUCAAUCAAAUAAAAUUUUAAUUAUUUUUUAUUAUAUACUAAGUCAUUAAAAAUACUUUACUAUAUUAUAAUUUAUUAGUAUAUUUAUAUAAAAUAUCUGGUGUAAUUUUUGCAGAGAGUUAUCAAAUAAUACUUUGGCCCCAAUUUCAAAGCAAAAUAAAGAUCUCAGUGAUUCAGAAUCAGAAAGUGUUAAAAGCAGCGACUUUGGCGGAAUGUUUGACCAGCAACUUAUAGAUAAAUAUGAAGAAGAGCAUUAUGAGUUUAUGCAGUAUGGAAUUUCUCAAAAAAGUCAACUGAUAAUACGCAGGAUUUCUAUGUCAAAAAAUAUUCCAUAUGAAUUCAGAAUCCAGCCACUCUUCAGGCUCCUCAUUGGAGCUUACCAAGAAAUGAAUUUAAAUGAAAUCGAAGUUGCAAUGUGAGCAAUUUAUAUUGAACGCUUCGUUUGACCUCAAAUUAAUUCAGCACUACACUAUUUACUAGUUAUUACUGCUUUUACUGCUAAAUUGCACAUGAACGACGAUGUGAGACAUUUAAGGGAGUACUUGAAAACAAAAAUACUAAGAUUUGAAGAAAAUUUCUCAGAGUGGUACACAAAAAACCAAAAAAAUAUGAAUGUGUCACUGAAUGAGCUUAAUUCAGUUUAUGCAAGCUUAGGAGAAAGUAUGGCGAUUUCCAAAGAUUAUAUGACUCUGGAACUAAAUUUUUAUGUUGAUGAUAUUCUUAAGUCUUCUUUACCUUAUCAGUCUGAAGCAAAAGAACUUAGCUAUGAUUAUAAAUCUGAAGCCAGAAAUAUCAGUAAUGAUCAUAUUCCUGUCAUGCCACUCAUAUUCCCUCCUAUUGAAGUCCGCCAUCUGAACUUUUACGAUAAUCUGUUGCCUCCGCUUUCAAAUCCUAACAGUAGCUCUCAUACUCCUCUUGUGCCAACUCCAGGAUAUGAAGGAGGGGCAGAGUUUUUAAAUCUCACUCCGAAUAUUCCUCAACAAGGAAAACCCAAGGCAAGCUUUUGAUAA